CAACAUCCUCCAUCCAUCGCAGCCAAAAUGCCUCCAAAGAAGAAGACCGAUAGACCCGCCAACGAGAACGUCUCUCUUGGACCGCUGUCCGGAGAUGGCUCGCUCGUCUUCGGUGUCGCACGUAUUUUUGCCUCCUUCAACGAUACUUUCGUGCAUGUCACCGAUCUCAGCGGUCGCGAAACUAUCUGUCGUGUUACUGGUGGUAUGAAGGUCAAGGCUGAUCGUGACGAGUCUUCCCCCUACGCUGCUAUGUUGGCUGCCCAGGAUGUUGCUGCUCGCUGCAAGGAGCUUGGCAUCAACGCUCUUCACAUCAAGAUCCGUGCUACUGGAGGUAACGGCACUAAGACUCCUGGCCCUGGUGCUCAGUCUGCCCUCCGUGCUCUCGCCCGUUCCGGAAUGAGAAUUGGAAGAAUUGAGGAUGUUACCCCGACUCCUUCCGACUCUACUCGCCGCAAGGGUGGUCGCCGUGGUCGUCGUCUAUGAGUCGUCUACUUUCGCUUUCCGCCUCCAUGUUGCGUACCUCUGUUUGCGGCUGGAGCGAGGAUGGAAUGCAUGGAUACAUUGGCGCUAUCCUUUUGCAUUACGUGGAUGGAAUAAACGCGAAGAACGGCAGUAACGCCUGGUCUUCUUUUUUUUCUUUAUCCCAAAAUUUCUUGCUCUCGUGUACGUUAUGUGGGUGUUACUAGUACUCUCAUAUAAUCCAAUCAAACGAGAUACUUGAGCAUUUUAAAUCGUUAUUCAAUACUGGAUGUGAUUUGUAC